AUGUCUCCCGUUCCAGAGUCAGAAAUUUUCAAGAGCACAGCCUCAACUAGGAACUUGACAUCAAAUAUAGCCAACAAAGUGCCGACCGUGAACGUCACAGUUACAACUCCCGCCCUUCGAGGCACACUCGAUUGUACACUCCUGGAAUCUGCUGCCAAAUUUUCGAGCAGGUUGACCGAAUGGGAUUUGUCCGAUGGUGACAGGUGGAAUAUUUCAACGAACCCUACUGUGCUAGACAGGGGUUUCGAAGUCAACGACCAUAUGGAGUUAGGAACGCAGGCUGCGCUAUCAACGACUCCAAUUCUCUCUAGAAAACGCACGAUCCUUUGCUGCGCCAAUCCGUCGGGUGACACUAGCAGCGAAUCGGCAAUAGGCUACUGGUCGGCCAAUUAUGGUCAGCAUCAAGUUAAUGACUUUGAGACUGCCUCUUAUCCACGCAACCUGACGCUGAAAUGGAUUAGUGGAAAUGCUGCUCGCCAAUUGUAUAUGGGCAAUGAAACUUAUGAAGGCUUGCAUGGGUCACCCGAGCCAGUGGAAUGGCCAUGGUCGGAUGUUUAUCUCGCACACAACUAUUCCGAGCCUGGUGAUGGCGUCGACGCAGGCGUUGUUCACAACCAGAUGACUGUCAGUUUUGGCGUUUUGUUCCAAGAUGCCAUGCUGGUCGCGUUGGACUUGAAGAAGCUGUGGCCAUCGAGUGGCUCGGUGGCGAAGACUGAAGACCUCAGUGAUAAGAACUUCAAUUUGCGUCGUCCAGAACAGGGGCUGAACACAGGUCUCAUGUCGUACUCCAUGUACCAGCUUACUGGCGGUGACAAGGAGAAGCUGAUGGACCCGGUGCAGAUGACAGAGCUUGGACAGAGGGUCUUCGCGACAUUCUUCCAGCACUUUGUCUCGUCAAACCGCUCUUCUAGCGGUGGGUGGGCAUUCCAGGACGUCGGCGCAGCUCUUCCUGCUAAUCUCGGUCCAGUCUAG